UAUCCCCAAACAAAACUAAAAUAAACAUUCCAAAAAUGAAUCCAGAUUUGAAACUCUCCGACACUCGCAUCCAGUUGAGCAUUUGGCGGUAGAAUGUGAGCUCCAGGGUUUGAGAAAAUGAGCCGUGGCGGUAGCAGCAGCAACAGUAUAAAUUCAGUGUUCUAUGCCGAGACUUACCAUCCGAUCCAAGCGGGAAGCAUCGACGGAACCGAUAUUCUCCCCCAUGACAACGCCGUCUAUAGAGCUCUUCUUUGUUCCAAUGCUUCCCUCUAUGAUCCCUUUGGCGACCCGAAAGUUAUUGGCGACCCUUAUUGUACUCUCUUUGUCGGUCGCCUCUCUCAUCUCACCACCGAAGACACUCUCCGUAAGGCUAUGAGCGAAUAUGGGAGGGUUAAGAACUUGCGGUUGGUCAGACACAUAGUUACAGGUGCCUCACGUGGUUAUGGCUUUGUGGAGUUUGAAACAGAGAAAGAGAUGCGCCGAGCCUACAAGGACGCUCACCAUACUUUUAUUGAUGAUUCUGAGAUCAUAGUCGAUUACAACAGACAGCAUUUGAUGCCUGGUUGGAUUCCAAGAAGACUAGGAGGUGGUCUUGGUGGCAAGAAAGAAUCAGGACAACUUCGAUUUGGAGGAAGAGAAAGACCAUUUCGAGCUCCACUGAGGCAAAUACCACUGGAUGAUUUAAAGAGGCUUGGAAUACCAGCUCCUCCUGAAGGAAGGUACAUGUCGCGCUUUCAGAUCCCAUCCCCACCAAGAAGGAAGAGAAGUAGUUCUGAAACUGGAGACUCUGAUGAGCAAGAGAAACGGGGUGUGUCUUCUCAUCGGCAUGAGAAGUCAUCAAGUCCAGAUCGCUCUUAUGGUGGAGGUAGGUCUACGUACAACGAAGACCGUCAUCAAAAGCAGCAUAAACAAGGUAGACAUUCUUACAGGCACGAAAAGAAGCCGUCAUCAUCGCGGGAAAGGAGUCACGACAGAGACGAACGAGCUUAUAGGUAUCACAAAGAUUUGCAUCGACAUGAUAGGUGGACUCCUGGCGAUGACUUUAAUGAUGACUAGGUAGGAGCUGUAUCUUCCCAUUUCCCUUCAAAAUCAGAGUUCGAUACAUCCUUAAUCUGUUCUUCUUGUUACAUUAGUCAGCUGUUUCUUAUCCAAGAUUAACAGGUUAGAACCGCAGCAUCUCUUAGUUUAUACAUUGUUGCAAACUAUAAUAUAGUUUGGAAAUCAAAUAAUAAUCCUUGCAAAUACCUUCUAGCGGCUGGCUGUAAACGUUAG